CAAAAGCCGGCAGCCGGUAGUUGCAACACAUAAAAGUGGGAACUUCCAAGCGCGGAGCGUAUUCUACAUUUUGUCACAACGGUGAACGUAUCGCUGUAUUUUCCGACUGUUUGAAAGGAUGGCUCGUACCAAGCAGACUGCUCGUAAAUCGACUGGUGGAAAGGCUCCACGUAAGCAAUUGGCCACCAAGGCUGCUCGUAAGAGUGCCCCGGCUACCGGUGGAGUGAAGAAACCUCAUCGCUACAGGCCUGGAACUGUCGCUCUUCGUGAAAUCCGAAGAUACCAAAAGAGCACCGAACUGCUGAUCAGGAAGUUACCAUUCCAACGUUUGGUUCGUGAAAUCGCUCAAGAUUUCAAGACCGAUUUGAGAUUCCAGAGCUCCGCCGUCAUGGCUUUGCAAGAAGCUAGCGAAGCUUACCUCGUUGGUCUUUUCGAAGAUACCAACCUGUGCGCAAUCCAUGCUAAACGUGUUACCAUUAUGCCAAAAGACAUUCAGUUGGCCCGCCGUAUUCGAGGAGAGAGAGCCUAAACAGCCUAUUUUUCUUCUUCUAUAAACAAUCGGCCCUUUUUAGGGCCAAAAUUCUCUUCAAUAUAGGAACUUUUCCAGGAUACUUCCGAUUUUCCACCGUACUCGUGAAAUUUUUACUACUUUCUCCUUCUCUAAAAGUUUUAUAUUACUAUCAUAAGAUACCAUGUCGGACUUUAUUAUAUUCUAUUCAUAAGUUAUUGUCGUGAAAGUAGAAAAUUUCAUACGAAUUACUCUUAACAGAACCUCGUCUUAUCUUUUCCGUUUACCGCAUCAGAUGUGCGAUUAGAUAUUAAGAGAAAAACAAUAAUCGAUUCUGUCCAUGGUUGCUAUAAGUUUAUUAUAUAAGUAAUAUAAAGAGUAAUAAUGCACUUAUAUGUGCAGGAGCAUUUAGAUUUUAGUUCUUUCAGUGGAAUAUUUCACAACUAGAAUUUGGAAUAGGCAUAUUAACUUAAUGCUGAAGUAUUCUACUAUUAGAAUAUGAAAUAGGCACGGUUCCUUAUAGAGAACAGAACAUCUGCCCAUCUGUCCGUCUUUUGUGCACGAAACAAGGCAUUCAUUGCAUCUGUGACUAAUACUCCUUGAGGGAUAAUUUAUUACUCAUCCUAAACUUUCUAAAAUUUUUAAAAUCACAGUUAGGUUUUAGGUCUUACCCUCUACAAGACCGUAAUAAAACCUGUCUGGACCUACGGAAUCCAACUAUGGGGAACAGCAAGUAACUCCAACAUCGAAAUACUACAACGCUUCCAGUCGAAAACGCUAAGAUCCUUAAUAGACGCACCUUGGUAUGUUACCAACGAAACCAUCCAUCGCGACCUCAAGAUACCCACAGUCAAAGAGGAAAUAGCAAAAUAUAGCGACAGAUAUAGCAAAAAAGUCAACAAACACCGAAACCCCCUAAUCACUGGACUACUUGAUACGACGGACCAGAUUCGCAGGCUGAAGAGGCACUACCCGCUAGACCUAAACGCUAGAUUCAUUUAGUUAUCCAAAUUAAGCAUAUGCACUUACUUAUAAUACUUAUAAAUUAUACCUAUCUACAAUAAGUAUUAACUUAUUGUAAAUAAACAGCCAUGUCACUGCGCCACGCCAGAAAAAUUACUGAAAAUUCUCAACGCGAGAAUUGAUUGUAAUUUCAACAAAUAAAUAAAAAAAAAAAAAAUAU